AGGGUCACGAUCGAGAGCUAGCUCGACCUGUGAAGAAUAGGACAAAAAGGACCUAUGUGCGAAGAAACUCCUUUAACAGAGGGAGAGAACGAUGGCUUCACGGGCGGAAGGUGAGGAAAGGAAAAAGAGAGGGAAAAGGGAAGAGGAGGAGAAAAGAGGGGAAAUGAAGAGGGAGGGAAGGAAAGCGAGAAGGGCGGCUGGUGGGGCUUGCAGAGUAUUUUUUUUGUGGCCGAUUUCAAAUCUGGGAUGUGCGUUUUUUUUUUUUUUUCUUUACUGUUGGUUUUUACGGAGAUUUGCCCGGCCCCUCGUUUUGUGACCGUUCUGAUUUGAGCAACGUGGGUGGUAGUUCCCCUACCACGAGGUGGU